AUGCUGGUCAGAUAUGCCACCAAGGCUCCAGUCAAUGAUUUUUUUGCGAAGUCGGGUCUGGCAGUGGGUGGAGAUGUGAACAAUGUCAAAUCCGAGACUAAUCGAUUGGAGAAGACACUCUCGAAGUUCUGGAACGAAGCUAAGGCUAGAUUCAACGAAGAGACAAGUCUGUAUGAUGUCUGCCUCGAUGGAAAACCUUUGAGAACGCCGUUGGGUUACAGGCUCUCGAUUCCUAAGGACAAGAAACAGCUAGCCUACUUGAUUGGCCACGAAUGGGACACUUUGCUGGACUUGAAGAUUAAGCCAAACACGUUGCCAUUAACGUCCAUGGCAUCUCGUGCCACCGACUUGGCCAUCGUACAUGAGGCAGAAACCGUUGAUCCCAAUUUGGUAACCAAAGUUGGAGAUCUCCAGGAUAUCAAGAUUGACAUGUUGCGGUACUUGGACACAGACACCUGCUUAAUCUUCACCACAUUGGAAGAGUACGAGGGGAAGUUGAGACAGCGCCAGGAGGAAUUGUACAGACCAUUGAUCGCAGAGUAUGAGAACUACUUCACUGAGUAUGCUAGACAGAACAACUUGUUGCCAGAGCCUGACUUCAAGGUCAAGUUAGAGUUCCUUGACUGUGAAACUGACGGCCUCCGUGGUAACCGUCAGUCCCUCACAACUCAAAACAUUGUGUUGCUGUGGUUGGACCAGUUGCCCAUUUACGACCUCGUUGCGUUGGAAAAAGCCAUUCUUUCUUCCAAGUCAUUCUUGUGCGCCGUGACUAUCUUGCGUACCAAUGUGGCUGAUAAGGCCAAACAGGCAGAGUUAUACCAGUUGAACAAGACUGGCGAGGCCGAUUACUACAAAAAGACUGUAGAGGAACUCAUUGAAAUGGCCAACUUGGAGACCAUUUUCCAGACUCAGGAAUGGGGAGAAGUUGAAGACACCCAUGACGUGGACAAUGCCGACUGGUUAAGAAACCUCUCGUCGUGUGCGCUUGUUUGUCGUUAG